AUGUCGGUUUGCUUUGUUUUUUCUUUCUUUUCUUUCUUUUCUUUCACCGCUCUUUUCUUUCUUUGUUUCAUUUUCUUACAUGUCGGUUUGCUUUGUUUUUUCUUUCUAUUCUCUCACCGCUCUUUUCUUUCUUUCUUUCUUUCGUUCUUUCUUUCUUUCUUUUUCUUACAUGUCGGUUUGCUUUGUUUUUUUCUUUCUUUUUUUCUUUUCUUUCACCGCUAUUUUUCUUUCUUUCUUUCUUUCUUUCUUUCUUUUUUCUUUCUUUUCUUUCUUUUUUUUUCUUUCAUGUCAGUUUGCUUUGUUUUUUUCUUUCUUUUUUUCUUUUCUUUCACCGCUCUUUUCUUUCUUUCUUUCUUUCUUUCUUUCUUUCUUUCUUUCUUUCUUUCUUUUUUCUUACAUGUCGGUUUGCUUUGUUUUUUCUUUCUUUUUUUCUUUUCUUUCACCGCUCUUUUCUUUCUUUCUUUCUUUCGUUCUUUCUUUCUUUCUUUCUUUCUUUUUCUUACAUGUCGGUUUGCUUUGUUUUUUUCUUUCUUUUUUUCUUUUCUUUCACCGCUCUUUUCUUUCUUUCUUUCUUUCUUUCUUUCUUUCUUUCUUUCUUUCUUUUUUUUUUCUUACAUGUCAGUUUGCUUUGUUUUUUUUUCUUUUUUUUUUCUUUCACCGCUCUUUUCUUUCUUUCUUUCUUUUCGUUCUUUCUUUCUUUCUUUCUUUCUUUCUUUUUUUACAUGUCAGUUUGCUUUGUUUUUUUUCUUUCUUUUUUUCUUUUUUUUUCACCGCUCUUUUCUUUCUUUCUUUCUUUCUUUCUUUUUUCUUACAUGUCAGUUUGCUUUGUUUUUCUUUCUUUUUUUCUUUUCUUUCACCGCUCUUUUCUUUCUUUCUUUCUUUCUUUCUUUCUUUUUCUUACAUGUCGGUUUGCUUUGUUUUUUCUUUCUUUUUUUCUUUUCUUUCACCGCUCUUUCUUUCUUUCUUUCUUUCUUUCUUUCUUUCUUUCUUUUUCUUACAUGUCGGUUUGCUUUGUUUUUUCUUUCUUUUCUUUCACCGCUCUUUUCUUUCUUUCUUUCUUUCUUUCUUUCUUUCUUUUUCUUGCAUGUCGGUUUGCUUUGUUUUUUCUUUCUUUUCUUUCACCGCUCUUUUCUUUCUUUCUUUCUUUCUUUCUUUCUUUUUCUUACAUGUCGGUUUGCUUUCUUUUUUUCUUUCUUUUCUCUCAUUUCUUGCAUUUUUCUUUCAUUUCUUUCUCUGUUUUUCUUUCAUAUAUAUUUUCUCCGUGCUUCCAAUUUUUUCUUCUUUUUUAACCACUUUCUUAUUUCUCUCUCUUUUUCUUUAAUACUCUUUCUCUGUUUUUCUUUCUUUCUUCUAUCAGUUUUUCCUUCAUUUCUUUUAUUCUUUUCCUUUAUUUCCUAG